AUAAGCGCGUGAGCAAUAAGAAAAUUUAUUACUGUUUACAGCAACUAUUUGCUUUUUAACUUCUUUAAUCUCGUUCAUCUGAUUCAUCUGAUUGAUAUUUCUAUUUUAGUCUAUUUCAUUCCAUAUUUUCUGAAAUUAGGAAGGGUAUAACAAUGGACAACUAUGUUCCUAUUAACUUAUCUUAUGAUUUGUAUGAAUCUACUGAAGGCAGUGACCCCAACUUAACACCUGUAGUUCUUGUUCAUGGGCUUGCAUCGGAGAGAAAGACGUGGAAACUCACUGCUCCAAUUAUUGCCGAAAAAUCGAGGAGAAAGGUCUAUGCAUAUGAUGCCAGAAACUACGGUGACAGUGAAUAUACUGAUGAAUUUAGUUUCUCCUUAAAUGUGGAUGAUCUUUUUCAUUUUAUGAAUGUAGUAAAUUUGCCGAAAGCUGUAUUAUUUGGACACAGUAUGGGUGCCUCCACUGUAGCUUAUGCAGCCCUUAAGAAGGUAAAGAUUCAUUACAUUUACAGUAGCAAUGUGCAUCAUGACAAAUAAGACAUUUGAAUUUAG